AUGCCAGACAGUAACUCCCCGCAGGACCCAGUAUCUGUCAACGUAGGAGGUGAAGUGUAUAUGACAACUUUGGACACACUCACGCGCUGUCGAGACUCUAUGCUUGGCGCGAUGUUCACUGGACAGAUUCCGUUGCUCCGAGACAAACGCGGAAACUUCUUUAUUGAUCGAGACGGUAAAGUAUUCCGGUACAUCCUGAACUACCUCAGGUCUAAUAGCCUUGACUUGCCGGACGAUUUCACAGAGUUGUCAAUCCUCAAGCGUGAGGCGGACUUUUUUCAAAUCCGGCCACUGCUCGAGGAGAUCCGAAGGCAUGAGGCUAGCCCAAGAGGGUCAAACAGGCGUGGUGCUAUGAUGAAUGCUAAUGUUGACAGCCUUGUACGUGUCUUGCACUUCAAUUUAAAGCGUGGUCCAGAGAACUACGAGCUGCGGUCAUGUGCUGUUCGGGUGUACACAGCCAACAUUUUCUGCACAUCGCAUGCAUUCAUUGAGUUGCUGUGCUCAAGCUUCUUGUACCGUACACGCGAAGGUCCAGUAGCACCGCAGCCUGGCAACGCGCGGCAAAACAACCUCAAACUGGAGUGGGUUCCAUGCCCCGAUGAGCUACCACGUGAGCAGCACGAGAGACAUGGCUACAGGGAGCUGAUGGCAGCGCCUUCAUCCAGUCUUGGUGUUUGUGUUCCCUGCUGUGAAAUCCCGGACACGAAAGCUUUUAUGGCAGAACUGUUAAGAGUGUCACUGGUUGAAGGGUUUCGCGUUGACUCGGUAUUUCCAGAUCCUGCAGACAUCCUGAACUGUAGCGCUCUGCGCUUUGUCAGGUACUAA